GAUUCUUUUCAAAGAGGAUUUGGCGUGAGGAAAUUAAAGAUAGAGAAAUAACACGGGACCCCCAUAGACGACGGUACAAAGAAGGUCACCAUUAAUAAGGCGUUGUAAAGUAUACGCUCUUUCUCUCUCAUCAUUUUCUCUCUCUUUCGUUCCCAGAUUCAUAAGUCAAUUGCAAAGUUACUAGCAAUUACCACUUUGUUGGGUACCUCCUCAGAUUUCGGGGGUACCCUAUCUCAUAGAUCUCUCUCGCAUUGCAAACUUUGCCUUGUUAACAACAUAUAUGUUAUAGCUACUAGUUGAACCUCAACACUUUCUUCUCAUUUCUUUUCUUCAUAAACUUAAACAACAUGAUGAACAAAACACUUGUUCUCACUUAUGUUUACUUGUUCAUCUACAUCUUGCUUUCUUCUGGUGUCAUAUUGUACAACAAGUGGGUUUUGUCUCCAAAAUAUUUCAAUUUUCCCCUUCCUAUAACGCUUACUAUGAUUCAUAUGGGAUUUUCUGGUGCUGUUGCUUUUUUCCUUGUUCGUGUCCUUAAGGUUGUGUCUCCGGUCAAAAUGACAUUUGAAAUAUAUGCAACGUGUGUGGUACCAAUAAGUGCUUUCUUUGCGUCGAGUCUUUGGUUCGGUAACACAGCCUACUUGCACAUCUCUGUGGCUUUUAUCCAGAUGCUCAAAGCUCUGAUGCCGGUGGCAACUUUCUUUAUGGCUGUUUUGUGCGGCACUGACAAAGCAAGGUGUGAUGUGUUCUCGAACAUGCUGCUGGUCAGUGUUGGGGUUGUCAUUUCCUCCUAUGGGGAAAUUCAUUUUAAUGUAGUUGGUACAGUUUACCAGGUGACAGGCAUAUUUGCAGAAGCUUUAAGACUGGUCUUAACACAAGUUCUUCUUCAAAAAAAGGGAUUAACUUUAAAUCCCAUUACAAGCUUAUAUUACAUAGCUCCCUGCAGUUUCGCGUUUCUCUUUGUGCCUUGGUACAUGCUGGAGAAACCUGUGAUGGAAGUUUCACAGAUUCAGUUCAAUUUUUGGAUCUUCUUUUCCAAUGCUCUAUGUGCUUUAGCCCUAAAUUUCUCCAUUUUCUUAGUUAUUGGUAGAACUGGUGCUGUGACCGUCCGGGUUGCUGGCGUCCUCAAAGACUGGAUAUUAAUAGCUCUUUCGACAGUUAUAUUUCCAGAAUCUACAAUAACGGGAUUGAAUAUAACUGGAUAUGCUAUUGCCUUAUGUGGAGUUGUAAUGUACAAUUACAUAAAAGUUAAGGAUGUCCGUGCCUCUCAAUUGCUCAUUGAAAGUAUUCCCGAUCGGAUGACUAAGGACUGGAAAUUGGAGAAGAAAUCAUCUGAUAUUUUUGUGCCAGAUAACACUAGUGACAAUGAGGGAAGCAGUGGAGGUAAUGGCACUGUCUCUGAUAUAAACAUCGAUGAAGAAGCGCCGCUAAUUCCAUCAAGGUUAUCUCAUAUUGGACGUACACAGCUAAUGAACCAUGCAAUAGGAAAAUGAAAACCUAAAUACAAGGUUCAUUUUAGAGAACACUUUUGGAAGAAGAACUUGUUGAAGGAAUAAACUGAGUCAAAUGCAUCUUAUUCCUCUCAUUCUUUUUAGACUUUAGGUUUUAUAAUAUCUUACAAUGAAAUCAAAUGGUUGUUCUUUGGACACAAUUGACUUAUAUAACCAAAUCUCCUGGUUUGGAAGCUAGUAAUUAUUUAAUUGUUUUUAUAGUUAUUAAAUGAAACUUUGUAAUCUGAGUAGUUUUAUUUUUGCUUCAAAUUGUUAGGAUUGAACUCUGAAUUAAAAGAGCUAUUGUAAUACUUUAGCCAUUGCAAUCCAUUCAUUGGAGUUUCAAAA